AUAACAACGCCUCAAAAGAGCAUUUGAAUGGGUGAAGAGAGAGCAGAGUGUAUAUGAAGGCUGCUCCGACCCAGAGCCCCUUCAGCUUCGGACAAACCGGAUUAACAGUCAGUUCUGACAGAGCGGGACGUCACAGCGGUUACGAAAUGAGCGCGCGGCGUUCAGCGUGCAGGGAAUAUUCUCCUUUACAGUAGAAAUAAGAGCCACCGUCCUCCUGUUUGUCUGUCUUUCUGUCCGCCUGUCUGUCUGUUUGCACUUGUCCAAGUCUCUUCACUUCAUCAGUUCUUCACUGCGAGAAGAAAAAGAAGAAGCUGCUGAAAGAAAGAAGACGAAGAAACGCACACAAACCCAAAGACACGGACUGAAGUGAAGAAUGGAUUACGAAAGACCCAACGUUGAAACAAUCAAGUGUGUCGUCGUCGGUGACAACGCUGUGGGGAAGACGCGCCUUAUUUGUGCCCGAGCCUGCAACACCACCUUGACCCAAUACCAGCUACUGGCCACCCACGUCCCCACCGUCUGGGCCAUCGAUCAGUACAGAGUCUGCCAAGAGGUGUUGGAGCGUUCCAGAGACGUGGUGGAUGAUGUCAGUGUCUCCCUCAGGCUCUGGGACACAUUUGGAGACCACCACAAGGACAGACGCUUUGCAUACGGCAGGUCUGACGUGGUGGUUCUCUGCUUUUCCAUCGCCAACCCCAACUCCCUCCAUCACGUCAAGACCAUGUGGUACCUGGAGAUCAAACACUUCUGCCCACGUACUCCCGUCAUUCUCGUGGGGUGUCAGCUCGAUCUACGCUACGCAGACUUGGAGGCCGUCAACCGAGCCAGACGACCAUUAGCAAGGCCUAUAAAACCUGGAGACAUUUUGCCUCCAGAGCGAGGACGAGAAGUGGCCAAAGAGCUAGGCAUUCCAUAUUAUGAAACAAGUGUCUUCGAUCAGUUUGGCAUCAAAGACAUCUUUGACAACGCCAUCCGAGCCGCUCUCAUCUCUAGACGCCACCUUCAGUUCUGGAAGUCCCAUCUGCGGAGGGUCCAGAAGCCAUUACUGCAGGCGCCCUUCCUCCCUCCCAAGGCCCCUCCGCCACUGAUCAAGAUCCCAGAAUGUCCCCUGAACAACCGGGACGGACCCAGGCAGCUUCUAGAGAACCCCCUCUGUGCUGACGUCAUGUUCAUCAUUCAAGAGCACAUCCACGUGUUUGCCCACAAGAUAUACUUGUCUACCUCGUCCUCCAAGUUCUACGACCUUUUCCAGAUGGACUUCUCUGAUGAGUCCCAGUGCUUGGUGGUGACGGAGCGCCACGGGCGGGACCAGCUGAUGCGGACUCUCAGCUUGGACACGGAGGAAGACGUGGCUGUGUUGCCCAAUCUUUCGCCCUGUUCCCUACGCGCUUCCAAGAGUGACGGGACUCUGAAGAUAAUGAGCUUUAGCGGAAGACAUCGUCGCACUAAGCUGUCCCUGGCGUCCUGGAGUAAAGCGUUCUACAGCAUCCACAGAGAAACUGUGGUCAACCCAGUGACGGGCACUCCAGCUCCGAUGACGGUGGUGAAGAUGGACCACUCCAUCCAGCUGGGGCCUUUCAGCGCAGUGCUGCGGUUUCUGUACACGGGGGAGCUGGACGAGAAGGAGAAGGAUCUGAUGAAGGUUGCUCAGAUUGCUGAGAUCCUGGAGGUGUUUGACCUGAGGAUGAUGGUUGAGAACAUCAUGAACAAAGAGGGUUUCAUGAAUCAGGAGAUCACAAAAGCGUUCCAUGUGAGGAAAGCCAACAGGAUUAAGGAGUGUCUGGCCAAGAACAAUUUCACAGAUGUGGUGUUCAGGCUGGAUGACGGCACCAUCAACGCACAUAAGCCUUUGCUGAUCUCCAGCUGUGAUUGGAUGGCUGCUCUGUUUGGAGGCUCGUUCAUUGAGAGUGCAAACAAUGAGGUUUCCUUCCCCAACACCAGCAGGGUGUGUAUGCAGGUAGUGCUGGAGUACCUUUACACCAAUCAGCUGUCGCCCAUGGCCGACCUGGACCCAAUGGAGUUAAUCGCUCUGGCAAACAGACUGUGCCUUCCCCGCCUCAUUGCCCUGACAGAGCAAUACGCUGUGAGCGAGUUGGUGAAAGCCUUUAAAGAUGGACAAGACAUCGAUGGUGAAGUGCUCACCUAUCUGGAGCUUGCUCAGUUCCAUAAUGCCAGCCAACUUGCUGCCUGGUGCUUGCAUCACAUCUGCACUAAUUACAAUUGUAUAUGUGCCAAUUAUCGCAAAGAGAUCAAGUCCAAAUCACCAGAGAACCAGGAGUACUUUGAGAAGCACCGCUGGCCUCCAGUCUGGUACCUGAAAGAGGAGGACCACUACCAGCGGGUGAAGAAGGAGCGCGAGAAGGAGGACGUGGUCCUGAACAAGCAUCACUCGCGCCGCCGCUGGUGCUUCUGGAGCACCUCUCCCGCAGUGGCCUGAGAGAGAGACAGCACCUCCCUCAGGGCCGUCCUGCUAACGCUAGCAUUUUCUGUCUUAACUUUCAGAUAAUGGAUCUGACAAUGCAAUGUCAUCUUUUUCUUCUUUUUUUUUUUUCUUUUUUCUAAACUCCUGCGCAGUAGUAAUAGGUCAAGCAGACGUCCAAAUGGUUCAGAGCACAAUCCAAAUGUGUCCAAAUAAUACAGGUCGACACAUUGUAUGCUGUUGUCCUGCGAAACUCUUUAUUGGUAGAAUCUAUUGGCAGUGUAGUUUUAAUAAGAGGUGAGAUCAAUGACUAAAUGAAUGAAUGAAUGAAUGAAUAAUAAUGAGUCAAUAUGUGUAAUAAUAAUUCAGUUAUUCAAUAAUAUCAAUAACAAUAAUAAUAAUCAUGUUUUAGGCUUGCUUGUGUGCCUCACAGUAGCCACCACAGUAUACACACACACCAUAAAUGGAAUGUCACCCAGAACUAUUAUUUUUUUUAUAUAUUUUUUUUCUCAUUUUUUUGUCUUAAUAGCUAGGAUUCAUUUUAAGCCACAAUUCCAUGAUGUGUCUGCAUUUUUGCAUCACAGAAAUCCACAUAGGACCCUAUGUUACGUUGCAUUGUCCUUUGAUAGGUCUGUAGGUACAAAACAUUGUGCAAAACAUUGUCUUUUUGCCAUAUUUUAUCAGAAAUCAGAAAUACAUUUUAAGUCUCAGUUCUGUGAUUCCCUUUGUAUCCUAUAGAAAAAAAAACAUACUCUUGCUUUUCCCUUAUACAGUAGGUCUAGGUGCGCAUCCUUUGUACAGUUCUUCAAGUGCUAAAUUGCAAUUGCUAUGCUACUAAUAAAUAAAAAAAACAAACUCUGAACACUUGAAUUAAAAUGUAGCUUAGUACAAUCAGCGUUUUAGAAGAUUCACAUUCUGACACCACCGUCGCUAAACUACCUUCUCUGAUAUCGAGCUUUGCGACACUUUGCGACCUCAAAAAAAAUGGAGCAAGCUGUCAGCAUGGCAGGGAGUAAGUGUUCACUGUAGAUUCGCGAGCCGCCGUGGUCGUGUGCUGUUUUAAGUAAAUCGCGAGCGUCCACGUUUACAGCGGCUCUCUUUAGUACCAGCCCUGUGUAGAACAUCAGGUACAUCAAUGCAAUAACUCAAUCGGCGUAGGUCACAAGGGCCAAAUCCUACCAGUGGACUACCUAUAGUGGCAGGGAAGACUUCAGCUGACGUAGCUAGUCCUGUAUUUUUCUAUAGCCUCCUCCGUUCCUGUUCACACAGCACAGCGUGAACUGCUAUGGCUGAAUAAAAGGCUCACUCUUAUUAUUAGAAGGGCUUAGCACUAUGGCUUAGUUCAGGGUUUACUUGAAAACGAACAAACCUUAACCAACAGACAUAACAAUCCAUAACCACCAGUCACAUAUAGUACCUUCACCGUGAUUGUGCUAGAAGUUACAUAUACUGUAGUAGAUUGUAACUUUAUUUACACAUCAAAGAUUGUCAUCUGUGUUUAAGCUUAAAGAAACCGGGGGUUCCUCGGCAGUUUCCUGGCAUAGAAUGUGUAUGAUGAUGAAUGUAGAUGCGCUCAUAUGAAGAAUGAUAUGCUGAGGAUCUCUCCGGUUCAUAGUUAGUGUUGGUCAGUAUACUCUCUUGGUAUAUGUACUCUGCUGUAAAGAACACAUGGGUGUUUGUGUACAACACGCCAUCAUUGUUAAUGUAUCCCAAAACCAGGCAAGACAGGACAGGUGGUUCAUCUCGCCAAAGGAUAAAGGGGAAACUUAAUACUUGAAAAAAUGUUAAAAGAAUGUUUUUAUUUAUUUUUACGUCAGUUACGUCACGUAGUUCGUCUUUAGUUCACCAAAAUAAUACGUAGAUGAUGAUGCUCACUAGUGCAUAAUGAUGUGGUCGUUUUUUUCUCUCUCAGUGAUCUUGGCAGAAUUGGUGUUGACCGUCGUUAGCUGCUACAGACCAAGUGGCUGGUUCAUUUGGUUCUCGCUGUCAAAAGGCCUUUGAUCUUGCUGGUCAUUAUCUUUAAUGUUGGUUGUUUAUUUAUGUACGUACCAUUUCUUUCUUUAUUUAUUUAUGUAUUUAUUUUAUAAACCAAAUGUUAUUUAAUAAAUUAUCAAUUUAAUUAUGCAUCACGUUGUGUUUGUGUGUUUUUUUAGUGAGCAAAAUAAAAAAGCCUUCUCAUUAAUUAGUGUGGUCAAGAUAUCGGAUGAUCACCACCCCGCGUCAUCCCCAGUUACCCGGCUAAACUUAUCCAAAAAGCAAAAAAAAAAAAACACUGCUCAGUUCCACUGCUCCAGUGCUUAAUGCUGGGGAGCUUUGUACCCCUUUAAACCACACAUGGUAUUAGGCAUGGUGCCAAAAGAUUAAUUUUAAUCUGCUUCAGAGAGUCCUAUUCUAUCGACGAUACUUCCUUCUCUGCAUCGAUAACCACACAUGUCCAUAAUGGGUGCAACUUAAAGUUGCUGAAUCCAUACAUCAGAAGCGUUGUUCACAAACAUUUGGACAUAUAGUGUACAUACAG